AUUCUCUUCUUCUUGUGCAACCUUUCCUUGGUACCAGCGGCUGCUUCUAAGAAUAAAGUAAAAGGCAGCCAAGGGCAGUUUCCACUGACACAGAAUGUAACAGUUGUUGAAGGUGGAACUGCAAUUUUGACCUGCAGAGUUGAUCAAAAUGAUAACACCUCCCUCCAGUGGUCAAAUCCAGCUCAACAGACCCUGUACUUCGACGACAAGAAAGCUUUAAGGGACAAUAGGAUCGAACUGGUUCGGGCUUCGUGGCAUGAAUUGAGUAUCAGUGUCAGUGAUGUGUCUCUCUCUGAUGAAGGACAGUAUACCUGUUCUUUAUUUACCAUGCCUGUCAAAACUUCCAAGGCCUAUCUCACUGUUCUGGGAGUUCCUGAGAAGCCUCAAAUUAGUGGAUUUUCAUCACCAGUUAUGGAAGGAGAUUUGAUGCAACUGACUUGUAAAACAUCUGGUAGUAAACCUGCAGCUGAUAUAAGAUGGUUUAAAAAUGACAAAGAGAUUAAAGAUGUAAAAUAUUUAAAAGAAGAGGAUGCAAACCGCAAGACAUUCACUGUCAGCAGCACACUGGACUUCCGAGUGGACCGGAGUGACGAUGGAGUGGCCAUCGUCUGCAGAGUAGACCAUGAAUCCCUCAAUGCCACCCCUCAGGUAGCGAUGCAGGUGCUAGAAAUACACUAUACACCAUCAGUUAAGAUUAUACCAUCCACUCCUUUUCCACAAGAAGGACAGUCUUUAAUUUUGACUUGUGAAUCCAAAGGAAAACCACUGCCAGAACCUGUUUUGUGGACAAAGGAUGGAGGAGAAUUACCAGAUCCUGACCGAAUGGUUGUGAGUGGUAGAGAGUUAAACAUUCUUUUCUUGAACAAAACGGAUAAUGGUACAUAUCGAUGUGAAGCGACAAACACCAUUGGUCAAAGCAGCGCAGAGUACGUUCUCAUUGUACAUGAUGUUCCCAACACUUUGCUUCCCACUACUAUCAUCCCCUCCCUUACCACUGCAACAGUCACAACCUCUGUAGCCAUAACAACCAGCCCAACCACAUCUGCAACAACCAGCAACAUAAGAGAUCCCAAUGCCUUGGCUGGGCAGACCGGUCCUGACCAUGCCCUUAUAGGAGGAAUCGUGGCUGUAGUUGUGUUUGUUACUCUGUGUUCUAUAUUCCUGCUCGGUCGAUACCUGGCAAGACAUAAAGGAACAUAUUUAACAAAUGAAGCUAAAGGCGCUGAAGAUGCACCAGAUGCUGACACAGCCAUUAUCAAUGCUGAAGGCAGCCAAGUCAAUGCUGAAGAGAAAAAAGAAUAUUUCAUUUAAAUGCAGGCCAAGAUUCUGAGUUUUUCUUACCAGGCUGGCUGCUGGAGAAAACU